AUGCCAACUCACCGUUCGGGUCGUUCUCGAUAUACUCCCGUAACUUCCUCAUCUGAGGAUUCGAUGGGGGACCAAGAAUCCUCGCUUGAAGCCUGCCAGAAGGCGAAAGCCUCCAGCGACGGUCACUCAGCAUCUACCAAGGAAGCGGAGAAGCUAAAACUCGAAAAUAGAGACGAAGAGAGCGGCAAAUUUGAGAAAGUUCGCCGUCAGCUUCCAUCAGAUGACGAUAUUACCUUUGACGAAUCUGAUGCAGAACCAAAAUCCGACUCAGAUUCCGAGGUCAAUCCUUUGAUUGAAGCUGAAAACAAGGAGGAAGAAAAAGGAAGCGAUACAUUCAAGAGGAAUGGCAGUCUGCCUCUACGUUCUCAUGGAGCUUAUACAGCUCCUACACGUGGAUUUAAUGGAGAACCGCAGUUCAAAUAUCAUCCUUGUGCAUUGAUUGAGCCAAGUGGGAACGUGGAGAACCAAGAAGAGGACUACGGAAAUGGUAGAUUUGAGAAGAUUCGUCGUUUGCAUCAACCAGUCGGCGAGAUUGAUGUAGGACUGAGAUAUGCAUCUGAUGUCGAGUCUGAAGUCGAAUCCAACCAUAAAUCCAUUUAUGAGGCUUUGUCCAAAAACGAAGUUGAUCAUGAUAGCAAUUCCAGUGUUGAUGGUGUCGCGGGUGAGGAUCACGAAGCUGAGACUGCAUCUCAAGCGGCUGCUCACUUGGACUCUUUAGACCCUUUGAAUCCACCAGCUGAGCAAGACGAUGCUCGACGUGAUGCAAAUAUCCGAGCCAAUAUAGAGAAACUCCGAGAUUAG